CAAAUACCGAAGCCAAGAUCUGAAAAAAAGAAAAGAAAAGAAAAUAAGGAAAGGGUUACGCUGCAAUACUCCAAUUUCACUCCUCUUCAAGCCCUAGCCUAAAGCCCUUCUCUUGCUCCGACUUAUCCCUUCACCUUCACCAUGAACAAGCAACACGCUAACUGGUCCCCGUACGACAACAAUGGCGGAUCCUGUGUGGCAAUCGCGGGAGCGGAUUACUGUGUGAUCGCCGCCGAUACUCGGAUGUCGACCGGUUAUAAUGUUCUUACCCGGGAUUACUCGAAAAUCUGCAAACUAGCUGAUAAAUCUGUGAUGGCUUCAUCUGGUUUUCAAGCUGAUGUGAGAGCUUUACAGAAGCAAUUGGAUGCUAAACAUUUGAUUUAUCAACAUCAACAUAACAAACAAAUGAGCUGCCCUGCUAUGGCCCAAUUGUUGUCAAACACUCUCUACUACAAACGUUUCUUUCCUUACUACUCAUUCAAUGUUUUAGGUGGUCUCGAUAACGAAGGCAAGGGUUGCGUCUUCACAUACGAUGCUGUUGGUUCCUACGAGAAGGUUGGAUAUAGCUCUCAAGGUUCUGGUUCAACACUUAUCAUGCCUGUUUUGGAUAAGCGUCUAAAGGCUCCCAGCCCUCUUCUAUUGCCUGCUCAGGAUGCUGUCACUCCACUUUCUGAAGCAGAAGCAAUUGAUUUGGUGAAAACAGUUUUUGUUGCUGCAACUGAGAGAGAUAUAUACACUGGAGACAGGGUUGAAAUUGUCAUCCUUAAUGCUGAUGGUAUACGACGUGAACAUAUGGAACUCAGGAAAGAUUAAUUGUCGACACAGACCCAUGCUACUUGUCUUUAUUAAGCAUAAUCUAGAAUUGCAUGGUAUCUUUGAAUGAUAUCAGAUCAUGAAUGUCAUUCAACGUUCUUCUCUCUUUGAUUGUCGUUUAGCUUUAUGAUGAGUGAACCUUACGAACAGCUGCAUUUCCCUAUUUAUCGGACAUGAGUUUCUUGUUGCAGACUAUAUGUGUUACUUGAGAAUGCAGUUAGCUUUAUCCCUGUAUACAUUUAAAAGGAAAUGGUUUCGGGAAAGGUAUCAUGAAUUCACGAGCUCUUAGUUUA